CAAGAUAGUGUGAUUCGGAAAACGUUGGACGCGCAGUAUCGAUAUACGUCGAGUGAAUGGAAUUGGAUACCGUAAAUGCGUACAGUACCGUCGGGAUGGAGCAGGGAUUGUCUGGGGAUCCAUGGGACUGUCUGUUUAGUGACAGCAUCUCGGACGCCUUCCAGGGUCGUCCAGAGAUGUUACAUAUGGGUAUUCGGCGUUGCGAUAAUACGAGCCAAAUUGGCUGGUUUGGUCCAGGCCUUGGCUUCGAUUUCGAUGACGUCUUGACGGAACCCGAUGAAGAUCCGCUUGCUAUGAAUGACAAAAGCCGCAGUUCGAACAGCAACCUGGAAGAAUUGAAUCUGGACAGUGACAGCGAACUGGCUUUGACGUUGGAUCCGAAUUUGAUACUGCCGUGUAACAUGCCUAUCCGCAGUCCCGCGACAAAUAGCGACACAGCGAUGUUGGAAACAGCGAGCGUGGAGGAGAACGUUAUUGAAAACGAGGGAGAUGAGACGGAGAACGAAAGUGAGGUCGAACGAACCGAAAACGAUGAAGAGAAUGAAAGCGAGGAGGAAGAAGAGAUCGAAGUUGAAGACGAGCAUAAUGAGACGGAGUAUGAGACGGAGGAAGAAGAAACGGAAGAGGAAGAGGUAGAGGAAGAUGAGGAGACGGAUGAUGAGGAGCAGAACAUGACUCAAAAGUCGCUCACACCCUUGAAUGUGGAGGUGCCGAUAUCAUCGUCAUCGGGCAAUGUCGGCGCCAGGACAUUAACUGGUGCUAACGUGGCCAUCUCCUCGCCGACGAUACAACUGACGAGGUUGCAUCCUAAAAUAAGCACCAUAUCAAGCACAGCCAAGGACAUUAAGAUGUUGCAAACUAAUCCAAGUGCCCAGGCAUUGCAACAGAUUCGCAAACAUAUGUCCUACAACAAUAAUGUGCAUGACGUCAGUACAGGUGCGACGACGGUCAUGAUACAGGCGGCAAAGCGUGAGAAGGAAUUAAUGUUAGGGAACCGUGACAACUCUUAUCCGAAACCCGCGUACUCGUAUUCAUGUCUCAUCGCGAUGGCACUGAAGAACAGCCGAACAGGAUCGUUGCCAGUUUCAGAAAUCUACAAUUUUAUGUGCCGGCACUUCCCCUACUUCACGACUGCGCCAACUGGUUGGAAGAACUCCGUGAGGCACAAUUUGUCGCUGAAUAAGUGUUUCGAGAAGAUCGAGAAACCACCCGGCAAUGGUAGUCAGCGAAAGGGUUGUCUCUGGGCCAUCCAUCCAUCGAAAGUGGCCAAGAUGGACGAGGAAGUGCGGAAAUGGUCGAGAAAGGAUCCGAGUGCGAUCAAGCGAGCCAUGGUGAAUCCAGAACAGUUGGAGUUCCUCGAGCGGGGUGAAAUGAAGUACGAGGGAGACAGACACGAUGAGGCAUACGAUGACGCAGAGAGCUAUGCGGAUUCCGAGACUGGUGGAUCCGUGGUAGACGAGACCAUCAACGACGAUGAAAACGUUACGUAUGAUGAAACCAAGCAAAUCGACAUCGUCGACGACGAUAUCGUUGUGGAGCAGCUUUACGAAGAUCUUGAUCUCAUGAAUGCCACCGAGUUACUCGACACGCGACUAAACAACUUUUCUAGGCAAGAGCAGCCAUUGGUGUACGAAUUCGUCUCGUGCUCGAAGCGCCAGAAAAUGUUGACGGGCAACGAUUUUAUUUGUCAACCUGUCCAACGACAGGACGCGGCGUCGCCCCGGAAAAAAGCGCACCUCGUGGCGUUACGGCCCGGAGGCACCGCUCCUCCGAAUGCCGAAUCGCUUCUCGAGGCGGAUUAAAUCCCUGGAACAUUUAUAUGAUCUCCUAUUUAAAUAUAUACACGCGGCCAAGUACACACCUCCUUUUUUAUUGCUAGACUAUUGUAAAUAAUUGUGUCCUGUAACUUUUUUUACAGUCUGAGAUUUUGUAAAUACUUG